UGCACCUCGGCCUCCCACCUAUUUAUCGCCGCGCUUUCUCCCGCUGUUCGCGUUGACUACGGCACUACGUGUAGCAGCGGAGGCAAAGCGGGGAGCGGCCCUGAGCCCCGCCGGCAGCGCCCGCAGCCUCCGCCCGGCCGCGCCGCGUCCCCAGGAUGUGGUGCCGGAGGCUGGCAUGCCUGCUCAGUGUGCCUUGCCCACGCAGCAGACAUCACUUGCUGGGGCUGCCCUGCGGCAGGAGGACCUUCACUGCUGCUGUGGCUCGCUGGCAUCACACGGCCCCAGAGUCCCUCAGCUGUGCCUGGCAAUUACACGGUGAUCACCUAGAGCUCAGGUAUGCAAACACCCUGAUGCGCUUUGAUUUCGUCUGGCUGCGGGACCACUGCCGCUCAGCUUCCUGCUACAACGCCAAGACGAACCAGCGCAGCUUGGACACAGCUAGUGUGGACCUAGGCAUCAAGCCCAAGGCUGUCCGAGUGGAUGAGACCACGCUUUUCCUCACAUGGCCAGAUGGGCAUGUUACACGGUACGGGCUGCAGUGGCUAGUGAAGAACAGCUACGAGGGGCAGAAGCAGCAAGUCAUGCACCCACGGAUCCUCUGGAAUGCAGAAAUCUACCGCCAAGCCCAGGUCCCCUCUGUUGACUGCCGGAGUUUCCUGGAGACGGACGAGGGGCUGAAGGAGUUCCUGCAAAACUUCCUUCUGUAUGGGAUUGCUUUUGUUGAGAAUGUCACUCCCACCAAAGAGGACACACAAAUCUUAGCAGAAAGGAUCAGUUUAAUCAGGGAGACCAUCUAUGGCAGAAUGUGGUACUUCACCUCUGAUUUCUCCCGGGGCGACACUGCCUACACAAAACUGGCUCUGGAUCGGCACACUGACACAACCUACUUCCAGGAGCCCUGCGGCAUCCAGGUGUUUCACUGCCUCAAGCACGAGGGGACAGGUGGACGUACGCUGCUGGUGGAUGGCUUCUACGCGGCGGAGCAGGUUCUGCGGCAAGCCCCCGAUCAGUUUGAGCUGCUAAGUAAGGUGCCACUGAAGCACGAGUACAUUGAGAAUGUGGGCGAUUGUCACAACCACAUGAUCGGAGUUGGGCCUGUCCUCAAUGUCUAUCCCUGGAACAAUGAGCUUUACCUGAUCAGAUACAAUAACUAUGACCGUGCAGUCAUCAACACCGUGCCUUAUGAUGUUGUGAAUCGCUGGUACACUGCUCACCGCACACUCACCACUGAGCUCAGGAGACCAGAAAAUGAACUGUGGGUCAAACUGAAGCCAGGCAAGGCACUGUUCAUAGAUAACUGGCGUGUCCUGCAUGGGCGGGAAGCAUUCACGGGGUACCGCCAGCUGUGUGGCUGCUACCUGACAAGAGAUGAUGUGCUCAACACCGCACGCCUCCUGGGACUGCAAGCUUAGCCUGGGCCGUCUGCUGCGGAGAGGCAGGCAAAGCUCCACGCCAUGCUGGUGCAUCGCCACAACCAUGUUGCACAUACCUCAGACACCUUCACCCUCUCUGCGCAGUUCUCUCUGCCUGCGUGGGAGAGGGAGCAGGUGGAAGCCAAAGGUUAUGGGAGCUUUAUGGGGACUAUAUUCUGCCUUUUUCUGAGCUUGGUCAGCUCUUGCUGUCUCUGCACUCAGCCUGGUCUUUUCAGCCAGCCACUUUGUCUCAGCUCCAGUGAACUGGGGCUAAUCACACUAAUGAUGAGAAGUGCUCCUCCAAUCAAGUGCCUUCAGGAUCUGAGAUCUGUUUCUCUCUGUUGUUUGGCCUUUUUUGUCAGCUACCGUAUUCAUUUUUUUGCCAUAACAGAGCAGAGUGGAUAUAUCUGGGAUCUUGUUUCACUCCAGGCCAGGCGCCUUCUAGAGAAAAAGGAAAUUGUUAUUUGAUGAAAGUGCCACUACUUAAACUGAGGGCUGUUGGCAUGUAUCUGUGACUUCUUUCCUCUUAAACAAGCUAUGUAUCCCUAUUGGUGGGCUCUGAUACAAGCCAUGCUGCUUGAGAGUUGGCCUGGAACACCACGCUCAUAUAGUUAGGGUAUCUCUCUAAAGGUUUGGGGUAGACAGAAGGGGGAAAGUAUUGAGAUAGAUCUGCAGAUUGGAAAGGAGAGAUGGCUUUGGAUGAAGAGUGUACUUCUCACAUUUCCUUCACUAAUGUAGUGCUGGACUAGUGAUCUGUCUGCCUUUUAUGCCAUAUUUCAGUUGAGGGUGAAGGCUUAUCAGCUGCAGUGUUUGCUACAUUUCCCACUCUGCCUACUCUUCCAGAUUUCCAGAAGAAGGAAUUUUUGUUAGGGCAUCUGGCUACUGGAUAAGGCUGACUUCCUUUUCCAGCAGAUUUUCCUGCAUCUGAAGGUAAUGAACACAGAGGUACCUUUCAACUCCUCGUAGCAGGAAGGUUAAUUUGUAGAGUGGCACACUGAACAACCACAGUGGAAAUCUCUUAUUACUAGAAAAAUUGAAACUUUAGAACCAAACCCAAAAGGGCUUUUUAGGCUUUAUUUUUAAUUCUUCCAUGUUUUUGGGAGGUAUUCGCUCUGCUCUGACUGGUCCCUAAAACAUGAUCCUAUUCACUCCUGGCUUUCCUGUGCGAAAAGAUGCUCUUAUGCCUAAAGUAUAAGUGGGGUGCAGAUGCCAAACCUGCUGCCUUCAUUUAAUCUAAAUAUUGAAUGUAUGCAUCCAAGUGUUAGGAAGCACUCUUAAAAGCUUCUGUUCCUGUGGACUGACCUAACUUAUGCUGUCAUCUGCAGUGAGCCACUGCUGCAGUCAUCAGGAGUUGAAAGGGUUUCCGAGCGAAGGCUGAUGGGAAGCUGUUUAUCAGAGGAUAUGUAAGGAAGUGAAAUGUGAGCAAUGGCAGCGGGCUUGAAGCGAGCUGACUGCUAUCAGGUAUGUCUCUCAAAGCUUAUAAACAGCCUCACACACAGGCAGGAGCUUGAGGUUUCCAGUAGGCUGAGCCAGUGAGUUCCUCAAGCACCCCGUAGCAUACAUUACUUCUAUUAUUUCUUUACCAAGUAUUUGGUUUAAGGGUUCCCCGUAGAUGCCAGUUAUACCAGCAUAACUCAAGUGUGAAGCUUUGCAGAUCUUCAUUAACCACACUGAAGUAGCAAUCUCCUGUGGUUACAUACGCUUCUCACACAACCCAUCUCACGUGCUCCAGGGUUGUUCCACUUCGUACUUCUGGGUGAAGCUAUGGCCUGGAGCAUGGUGGGGAGAGCUCUCAUCAUCUCUGUGUUAACCCCCUCUGGGAGGGGACAAAGGAGCCCUGAUCAGUAUUUCAAAAUAUGUCAGAGAUUUCUGAGCUGCUCUUGUCUCCAUGUGCCUCCAGGGUCAGAGUAAAAGGACUUGGGUUAAUGUGGAACUCAUCCCUUAGUCGCUGAAAUGAGCUUCACUUCCCAUUUUUAUCAGCUGCAAGCCAAAAAUCUGCCACUACUCUGGGCUGGAGAGUGCAGAACUAUGGCUAGCACAAUGGAGAACCGACCAAAUUAUAUUGACAAUUGUCGUGAUACAGGUGCCUUUCUGAUGAGGAACGUGGUGAUCGUAGCUCUUCCUCCCACUGAGCAGUGUGGAGCUGCCAAGAGCUGUGGUCUUCAGCCACCAAACUCCUCUUUGAGCCAUCUCCAAGCCAGCACACUCCUUGAGGUGAUUGUGUAAUGUGUUUUGGGGGGAAAUUGUUCACCAUGAAUGUAGCAGAAACACAUUUCCUCCUAGGUGUUGUUCAAUUUAAUUUAGCCAUUUCAUAAUAAGAUGGGGAUGGAGCUUUGUUUAAUCUUGUGCUCCACCUCUUCCUUGCUUCCCAAGCAGACUGUUGUUCCUAAGCAUCUUGUGAUCAUCAAAGCUUUAUUUGUAGAAACGGGGCUUCUUGGCAACUGCAGUCUGUCUGAUAUGGGCAUCUGCUGUGCUGUGUUAUGGAGCAGGUUGUUUGUUGUAAUGGUAUCGGAUCAAUUUUUGUAAUUGUAAUUCUUUCAGCCAAUAAAUGAUAAACUGCUUUCUCACUCCCACUACACAAGAGCCCCACUGUAUGUGUUUUUAAAACAUUUCCCAAAAGUAACAAAUGAAGUAAGUGGUGAUGUACUUAAUGAAUUAUAAAGUGGUCAGGUUACCAAGAUGUAUGUGCUUAGUAAUCAUGAGCUUGAUGAGUAUGUUACCCAUCCAAGGUGGAAUAAAUCUGAGAAGGGUA